UUUUGUUGGAGGAGGUCGCGCGAGAAGAAAAACGUGAUUGCACGAGAGCAGAAAGAGCUGCCGCUGCAAAGGCACGAAGGAAUAACCGAAUAAGGCAUCUUGGGAAAGAAAGAAAGGGGCCGCGUUUCUUUGCCAACAAACCCAGCGCAUACAUAGGCCAGCCAGUCAGUUAAGCGUGUGCUUAAGCAAGCAAGCAUAAAUCUCCCUUAGCUAGCUAGCUCUGACGUCUCCUGUAUUCUCUCGGAGGCAGCUGAUCGAGGAGCGUGAGAUAGAUCGCAAAUAAUGGGAGGCACCCUGCGGUUCCUGUCGGACGUGCUGCUGGGGCUGGGCGGAGGCACCGGCGAGGGGCGGCACAAGAAGCGGCGGCAGUUCUACACGGUGGAGCUCAAGGUCCGGAUGGACUGCGACGGCUGCGAGCGCAAGGUCCGGAACGCCCUCGCAACCAUGAGAGGAGUUCAGACGGUGGAGAUCAACCGAAAGCAGCAGAAGGUGACGGUGCAGGGGUUCGUGGAGCCGCAGCGGGUGCUGCGGCGGGCGCUGUCGACGGGGAAGCGGGCCGAGCUGUGGCCCUACGUGCCUUACACCAACCCUUACAUGGCGCCGCCGGUGUACGACAAGCGGGCCCCCGCCGGCCACGUCCGCAAGACGGACGCCGCCGUCAUGCCGGCCUCCGCCGCCCAGGAGGAGCGCCUCGCCACGCUCUUCAGCGACGACAACCCCAACGCCUGCUCCCUCAUGUAGACAUUUUACAGAUUUGAGUUGCUGUAUGUUUUCCGGUUCUGCUGUACUUUCAAGUUACAAUAUUAUAUUAUUAUUAGUACUCCAUAGUACUGUUUUUUUCGUUGUUGUGACGCAUGAAUGCUGCUUGCGUGUGCCCAUCCUAAUCAAUCAAUCAAUUAUACUCCUUGAGAAAAA